AUGUUUAAAUCGUUCAAAUUGAUAUAUUUAGCCCUAACGUGUAUUGGCAGUGUCAGCGUUAUACUUGCAAAAAACUGCGAUGAUUGCAUACUUAUCACCUCAUGUCCGGGAGCAGUGCAUCUCGCAGUUCAUGAAAAAAAUGCAAAAACAGAAGAUCUCAUUAAACAAAGUCUGUGUUCAUUGGAGAAAGUAAACGGACUUCCAAAGGUGUGUUGCUCCGAGUUUCCACAAGCACCAGUAGAAUUAGAUCACCACCCGAAUCUCGAACUGCUACCAAAAGAUUGUGGUGAAAUCGAAGGCAGUCGAAUUGUGGGCGGCGAGGUUGCAAAACUCUACGAAUUUCCAUGGAUGGUGCUCAUUUCUUAUGACACUCGUAUUGGUCGCGAGUUUCUUUGUGGAGGCAGUCUCAUAAGCCCAUUGUAUGUGCUAACAGCAGCCCAUUGUGUCCAUGGUAGAAAAAUUGCAGGCGUGAGAAUAGGGGACUACGAUUGGAGGAGUAAAAUUGAUUGCGAGAAAGACACUAACUUGUGUGAAUCAUAUUACCAGGAUAUUGGCGUAUCAGAAGCACUUCCCCACCCGGCGUACCAAGGCCCACCCGUUGUACGUAACGACAUCGCACUUUUACGGUUGAGGAAACCAGUGAACCUUACAGUCAAAAACGCAGGAGUGAUAUGUCUGCCAGUUACAAAAGAAUUAAGGGAACGUAGACUAGAUGCAGAGCAAGUAACAGUCGCUGGUUGGGGAAUAACAGAGCACAAUACCCCAUCAUCGGUUCUACUUAAAGUGAUUCUACCUGUGCAUUCCGGAGAAAUGUGCAGGGCUUAUUACGGCAGAAAUUCGAAAGAAGACACGACGAAUAAUAUACUUUGUGCUGGAGUGCUGGGGAAGGACUCUUGUAAAGGAGAUUCUGGAGGUCCUUUGAUGUUGGAAGGCAAUUACGACAAUGAAUUCAAGUUUAUCCAACACGGCAUCGUUUCAUACGGCCCAAGCCAAUGCGGCUCGCACUUUCCAGGCGUUUAUACAAACGUAUCUUCGUUUAUGAAAUGGAUUUUGGAUACUAUUAAACCGUAA